GAAAUAUUAAUAAGUAAAGAGCCACAUCGGUGGCUCUAGGGCUCCCACACGUGGCUCUAUGACGUCACUAGUGUACCUAUUGACCUUAUGUCAACAGCGGGUUGAAUGGGUAUUGUCCUUAUGUCAACAGCGGGUUGAAUGGGUAUUGUCCUUAUGUCAACAGCGGGUUGAAUGGGUAUUGUCCUUAGGUCAACAGUGGACUUGAAAUGAAUACCUAUUGUAUGUAAUCCACCUGUGUCAAUAAGCCAUUGAAAUUGGAUUUGAAUACCUAUUGUAUUCACCCCACCUGUGUCAAUACGCCCAUUGAAACUGGAAUUGAAUACCUAUUGUAUUCAUUCCACCUGUGUCAAUAUGAUGAGAAGGCGUGGAAAACCCAGAUUUUGAAUGGGCGUUGAAUGGGUGUUGCAUUCAAUCCACCUGCGUCAACAGUGGCUCGAAUAGGUAUUGUAUUCAAGCCACCUGUGUCAAUAUAAUUAUAAGGCGUGGAAAACCCAACUUUGAAUGGGCGUUGCAUUCAAUCCACCUGCAUCAACAUUGACUCGAAUAGGUAUUGUAUUCAACCCACCUGUGUCAAUAUAAUUAUAAGGUGUGGAAAAACACAACUGAAUGGGUGUUUGAAUUCUGAUGCAGCUGAAUCAAUACACAACUGUUUAAAUCAAAUGGAAUGGGAUAUUGUUCGGUGAUGUCGGUCUAGAGUUCAGUCUCAGUGUGAGAUGGAGUAACUAUUGUCCUGGUUGCACCUGCACCAGUAGUGUAUUGAAAUCAAGUGAAAUCCGCAAUUCCGCACCCACUACAAAACUUACAGUUCUCUUCUCGACCUCACUAAGCACCAUCACUUGCUCUGUGUCACACUUGGUCAAAGCGUUGUCACUCACUCGUGUUCUUGCUGAAAGUUGGAACUGUGGAUAUUUUGAAAUUGUGUCAUCAUUUUUCCUUGAUUGAAGGUAAUUCUUUUCUCGUUCUUCUUCUUCUUCUACGCAUCAAUAUCACUUUCAUGCUCAAUCGUAUUCAUAACAAUUUUAUUUGUAUUGUUACAGGUUAUUUCCUUCCAUCUUCAUUGUUUGCUAGACCAUAUUAUUGAAAAUGUCUUCACAAUCCACAAAACCUUUCUACACAUGCGAGUUUUGUCAAAAAAAGUACACUUUCAAAAAUUCACUUGUUAGACAUCAGAAAAACUGUGGAUCUUCUUCUUCUUUUACUUGUGAAUUUUGUUCCAGUGUAUUCUUGCGCAAGGAUACAUUGCUAAGACACGUAAAAAAUCAUCACAGUUCAUCAGCCAGUACAAAGUUUUCUUGUCACUCAUGUUCAAAUACUUUUUUCUUCCGUCAAAGCCCUUGCUAAUCAUAAAAGACAAGUCCAUUUUCAUAAUGAGCAAAGUGGUGCAGGGGCAAGUGCAGCUAAGCGAAGGAAAGUGAAUAAAAAUACGAAAUGCUCCAAACAAGCGCUGAAUGGGAAUGUAAGAGAAUUUGAUUUUGUGCCCCAGGGUGAUGAAGGAAACGACCCCUACUUCUAUUUUGUGAAAAUUCAACCCGAAAUCAUUGAACGUUUAAAAUCUGAACUUGAAACUAAACGUUCCAUCAAGUGGGCACUUUGUACUCAAUUUCGAUUUAGUAAAACCAAUGCUGACGGUUUGAGUUCCUUCACUGAACCCUACUUUAGAACCAAAAUGUCUCCAGCGACAGACGCUGAUGAUUUGGACGAGUUGUACACCAAAGCGAUUAAUACCAUCAUGGAAUUGAUGGAUAACUAUGAAGGGGAGAGCUCAAAUUUGAAUUUUGAAAAGGUAUUGAGCGUCAAAUUGUCUGUGGUCAAAUUUCAACCUUUUCGCGGUAGUUCAUAUCUCCCCCUCCCUCCGUCAUUGGAGAAAAAGCGCUGUUUGAUAAACAUUAGGAACAUGGAUGAUGACAUGUGCUUUGCAUACUGUGUUUUGGCUCACUUGUUCCCUGUUCAACCACAUUUGGUGAGGGAACAAGUGAGCCAUUACAUGGAUAAAUUACACGAGCUCAAUUUGAACGGAUGUGAAUUUCCCAUGAGUCUCAGACACAUCUCAAAAUUUGAAAAAGCAAACAAUCUCAGUAUUAACGUGUAUGGUGUAGAUGAAGGGGAAAAUCAAGAACAUGUAAUCUUCCCUUUGAGAAUUGGUUCCAAUAUGGUCCAUUUACCCAAAGAGCGUCACAUUGACCUGUUACUGCUAACUCAAGAAGUAGAGGAGGAAGAUGAAUCGCCACUCUCAUUAUGUUUUGAUCUCAAGUUUGUCAGCUUUGGUUAGAAAACCUGGAGAUGGUAACCGUAAAUCCAUUUGUAGAAAAUGUUUGUGGACAUUUAGUUCGGAAGAUGUUUUGGAAAAGCAUGUUCCCUACUGUCAUGACAAAGCACAGCGUAUCAAAAUGCCUAAACCAGACCAAGCUUUUCGAGCUUUUGGACUGGGUCAAUAUCCUAGGAUGAAUAAAGUCCCCUUUGUCAUCUAUGCUGAUUUUGAAUCCGUCUUGGCUCCUUUAGAACUUAACGAGAGAGAAGGGAGAACUCAACACGUUCAAAAGCACAUUCCUUGUGGUUACAGUUACCAGAUUGUGUCCAGGGAACCUGAUCUCUAUUCUUUUCCAUUGAGAACUUAUAGCGGGGAGGAGGCUGCCCAACAUUUCAUGACACAUCUUUUAGAGGAUUACGACUACCUCAUGGAGAUAUUAAACCACCCUGUUCCCAUGAAAAUGAGCCCCCAGGAUAAGUUAGUCAUAGGUUCGAAAACCCAUUGCUAUCUUUGUGGAAAGGAAGUACGAGACAAAGACAGACACAUCGAUCAUGACCAUUUGACAGGUCGAGUCAGAGGUCUUUGCCACAAUCAUUGUAAUGUCAACUACAAAGAAUCCUCAUUUGUGAAUGUUAUUUGCCACAAUGCCUCACGGUAUGACAACCAUUUGAUUCUCCAAGCAGCAGAAUUAUUUGCUGAUCGCAAAUUGACGUGUAUAGGUCAAAAUUCGGAACACUUCAUCAUGUUUCAAAUUGAUCAGUUGCGUUUUUUGGACAGUUUCAAAUUUUUGAAUACCAGCUUGCAAACGCUGGCAAACAAUCUGAGGAAAAAAGGACGAGAGGAAUUUGUGUACGUGGCAAAGAACUAUCCCGAACAUGUGGAUAUGCUGACUCGAAAAUUACCCUACUUUUAUGAAUAUGUAGACAGUUUUGAAAAAUUGAACGAGACAGAAUUUCCGAGUCGUGACGACUUUUAUUCCUCUUUGUCUGAAGAGACCAUUUCGGAAGAAGAGUAUGCCUUUGCCCAACACAUUUGGCAGACUUUCCAAAUUUCAUCAGUGAGAGAAUUCAUGGAACUGUACGUUGGCGUUGACACUUUGAUACUGACAGAUGUGUUUGAAGCAUUUCGCGACAUGUGUCUCAGCUACUACAGGCUCGAUCCAUGUCACUACUUUACUCUCCCUGGAAUGGCCAUGGAUGCGUGUCUCUUGAUGACUGGGGUGAAACUUGACCUCAUGUCCGAUCCUGACAUGUAUAAUUUUGUCUCCAACGCAAUAAGGGGUGGAGUCGCCAGUAUCAAUCAUAGGUACGCAGAAGCCAACAACAAAUACAUGUUUGAUUUUGACCCUUCCAAACCUGAAUCGUAUCUGUUGUAUUAUGACAUAAACAAUUUGUAUGGUGCAGCCAUGAGUUGUCCGUUACCUCAAGAUCAGUUUGAAUGGGUAGAUGAGUCAGAAAUGAAUACCAUGGAUUGGUUGAAGCUUGACCCAGAAGGUGAUGUAGGUUACAUCGUAGAAUGUGAUUUGGAGUAUCCACGUGAUCUUCACUCUGUCCACCAAACUUUGCCACUUGCUCCCACCAAGGAAAGCAUUCCGUUCGAAGACUUGUCGCCCUAUCACCGUGACUUGCUCGCAGAGUUAGGUAUGUUAGGGAUAAGGAAUAUGAGGAAGGCAUCCACGGGGACCAAACUCUUCUCCACCCUAAAAGACAAACGAAAUUAUGUUCUUUACUUCGGAACUUUGCAGCAGUAUUUACAGUUGGGUUUGAAACUGAAAAAGGUACACAAAAUUUUGAAAUUUACUCAGUGCAAAUGGUUGAAGCCUUACAUCGACUUUAACACACAAAAAAGAAGAGAGGCCACCGAUGACUUUUCGAAAGAUUUGUUUAAAUUGCUUUCGAAUGCUGUGUACGGAAAACAAUUGCAAAAUGUAAGAAAUUACAAGCAAAUUGAAUUAAUCACCACUGAGGAAAGGCUGAGGAGGUUUACAGCAAAGCCCAAUUUCAAAAGCGCCAGUAUCUUUUCGGAAAACUUGGUUGUGGUGUGCAUGGAAAGAGUGUCCGUGACUUUGAACCAACCCGUGUCUGUGGGCUUCACCAUUUUGGAACAUGCUAAGAGACUCCUUUACGAUUUUCACUAUAAUGUGAUGUUGAAGGAAUACACCAGCAACCAUGUUCGGGUUUGCAUGACGGACACGGAUAGUUUAUUUUAUCAAAUCUGGUCCCCAGUGGGUACCCCCCUUCGCGACCCUCAAGACUUUAUGUUAGCUAACCCUCAUCUCUUUGACACCUCAAACUACCCUAAGGACCACCCACUUCAUUCCAUGGAAAGACACAAAGCCAUUGGUUUGAUGAAAGACGAAGUGGGUGGUCAGACUAUCAGAGAGUUUGUCGGGCUUCGUCCCAAAAACUAUAGUUUUGUUUUUGACAAAACUCCACGUGAACGGGUCGAGAAACGCACUGCCAAAGGAGUGCAAAAAGCAUUCGUCAAAAAACAUCUUCGUCACCAGAUGUUUAAAGAUUGCCUUCUCAAACACAAACAAAGCACAGCUUCUUAUCAUCAGAUUCGCUCUAUUCAGAACACACUCUAUACAGACAGAGUGACAAAAUUAGCUCUGACACCACAAGAUGACAAACGUUAUCUUUUGGCAGAUGGCAUUGAAUCCCGUCCUUACGGCUAUAAUCCCAUUUAAGCAAAACAAAAUUAAAGUUAUAAUAUGUGUCUAGCAAACAAAAACAAACAAAAACUGGAAAGAAAUGGAAGAACAUCAUGACACGAAGCUCUCCACCUCUCCAUGAGCAUGUGACUGUGUUCCUGUGUCUUUGACAUUGGGAAUAAAAGAAAAAAAGAAUGAGUGGAAGCAAGCAAGCAGAACCUCACCCUGGAAGAGAACAAUUUGAAGCUAUUCUCGAGGGAAUGUAUGUGGAUCGUUUGAUCAUGAGAGUAAAUGAGAUGCGCAUCUACAGAUGUUAUGGGUGUGAGAUCAAUCAUCCGUCCCAGCGUCAACACCACUGUCUCAUGAUGGAUCCGGAAGAAUGUGUGGACACCUAUUUCGACGAAGCCUUGGCAGAAAUCUCCCAUGACAGUAUACUUCAGGAGGCGAGAGCACAAAGAACUGCCACAAAUCUAGACUUUGACGACAUUUACACGCUCAUUUAUGAGAACGUUGAAUAUAGAAAUAGAUGUUUUUUAACACUGAGUAGAAUAGAACGAAUGGAGAGCAGAGUGGCAAGAAAUCUCUAAUGAUAAUACAAUUUGACACAUGUUUGUAUUACAUCUGUUUAUAGUUGAUCCUAUUAUAUCAUAUAACAAGUGUCAUUUUCAAUACCAAUUUUGAUGUGUGCAUUCAGUCACGUGAAACAUGCGUGAUAAACAUUUAAACCUUUCAUCCACUCAAUUUAAAAUAAUUCUGAUGCAUGUAUCCAAUCACAUGAAAGACAGGUGACAAACAUUUAAACCUUUUUGUCCAAUCAGUUUAAUAUGAUUCAACAGUUAUGGAUAUAAAACAUGUGUUCGUGCAUCAGUAGUUACUCUCCACCCUCGUUGACAACAGUUGUGGUGCUCCUCUUGAAUCUUUCCAUUGACCAGGGUAAUUCAAAUCUAUGGACUGCUUUGUUGAGUAGCUGUCUUGGGUACUUGUUACCUAAUCCUAAAAUCAAGAACACUCAAUGACAUUUUAUCCACCAAUGAGUUUGUCUGCUGACAAACACGUGACUCAUAUUUGAUUUCAUCCAAUGGGAAUGCUUCUUGUUUCCUCUACGUUCCCACCCUAGUCUUGUUAAAGUAAAAGAAAAUGUACCAUGCCAGUUCGUCAUAGCCAGGAGUUGUGUGAGGCGGACACAUAGUGCUCUCUCUCUCUCUCUAGCUUUCUGAACAGUUCUUAUCAUGGACAGGAAAAGUGCAGUUGACAGCAAAGUGUCUUUCUACUCGUGGAAGCAGGUGAUGAGAACAGAACCAGUGACACUUCAAGAGUCCAUUGUCAUGCAGUCGGGGGAAUGGUUCAAAGAUCGCAGUGAAUGCAUCAAGGACGCGAAGAGAAAAUUUCAUGACGAUUCAAACAGAACCAAAAGAGUUGUUAUCAAGAAGUCUCGAAAGUUACCCCUGUGCGUUGAUGAGGUGGACAUGACAAACAAACUAAAACAUGCAGAAGGACUUCUCAGCUUGUGCUACUCAUUAGAAGUUACCAAAAUCAUCCAGCGACUCUCCUGGGAAUUUUGUUUUGGUUGCAUGUUCGAGGCUGAACAAGAACACUCAUGUUGUGACUUGUCUGAACAGGUUCAAGUGGACAAAUACUUUGAUACUGCCAUGAACGAGAUCAAUGACGAUCACGUGAUAGAACAAUGGAUGAAACUCUUGAGUGAUGACUCAUCCCUGGUUGACAUAACCGCUUUUAGCUUAGUUCCCUAUCAGUGCAAGGACUAUCGUGACUCUCAGUUCAAAACGAUUGAAUGGAGAAGUGAUCUUAAACAGCGAGUUGUUAAGAUGUUGUUUUUGGAAAAAAGACUUAUAAGUCUGACCAGUUGUAACUGAGAAGUUGGACCAGUGUUACUGAGAGUGUAACCAAGAAUGACACAAUGUAAUGAAAGGUUCUUUUGAAGAAUAUAUCCCAUAAUUGUUUUUAUCAUCA